AUGGAGUGGGUCAAUGAGACCUUGGUGAGAGAGUUUGUCUUCCUCGGCUUCUCAUCUCUGGCUGGGCUGCAUCGGCUGCUCUUCGUUGUCUUCCUGCUCAUCUACAUGUUCACCCUGGGCACCAAUGCCAUCAUCAUUUCCACCAUUGUCCUGGACAGAGCCCUCCACACCCCUAUGUACUUCUUCCUUGCUAGACUCUCCUGCUCUGAGACUUGCUACACCUUCGUCAUUGUACCCAAGAUGCUGGUUGACCUGCUAGCACAGAAAAAGACCAUCUCCUUCUUGGGCUGUUCUAUCCAGAUGUUUUCCUUCCUCUUCCUAGGUUGCUCGCACUCCUUCCUGCUGGCAGCCAUGGGUUAUGAUCGCUAUGUGGCCAUCUGUAACCCUCUGCGGGACACAGUGCUCAUGGGACAUGGGAUGUGUGUGGGACUAGUGGCUGUUGCCUGUCUCUGUGGUUUCACUAUUGCAGAGAUCAUCACAUCCUUGGUAUUUCACCUGCCCUUUCACUCCUCCAACCAACUACACCACUUCUUCUGUGACAUUUCUCCUGCUCACGGUAGUCAGUUUGUCAUUAUCAUGCUCUGUGCAUUGGUCCUGGUUAUCCCCCUGUUAUUGAUUUUGGUAUCCUAUAUUCACAUCAUCUCUGGUAUACUCCAGUUUCCUUCCACAUUAGGCAGGUACAAAGCUUUUUCCACCUGUGCUUCUCACCUCAUUAUUGUCAUUGUCCAUUAUGGCUGUGCCUCCUUUAUCUACUUAAGGCCUAAGUCCAACUACUCCUCAAGCCAGGAUGCUCUCAUAUCAGUAUCCUACACUAUCCUAACUCCAUUGUUCAAUCCUAUGAUUUACAGCUUGAGAAAUAAAGAGUUCAAAUCAGCUCUUCAAAGAGUUGUGGGAAGAACAAUUUCUCUGCCACAACAUUAA